CUACAAAUUUAGCAGCUAGCUACUUGUUCUCGUUCUUCUUGUCACCAAAAAAACGGGCUACGUUUGUGAUAGUUUGAAGAUUGCGAAGAGAAGUGCUUGGCAGCUUGACAAUCAUGGCACCGGCGGCCAGUACUCAAGAGUCCCCUCCGCCCCCAAACCAGCGGCGGUUGGACCAUAGUUUUUUUCACCUGUCCUGCUUUUUCGCUGGACACUACAAUGGCAGGGGUGUGAAUGCUGUGCUGAUGGGGCCCCCAGGAUCUGGGAAAGGAACGCAGGCACCGAAGCUGGCGGAGAAGUUCUGUGCAUGCCAUUUGUCGACUGGAGAUCUUCUUCGUGCCGUGGCGUCUGAACCGUCAGACCUCGGCCGUCGGGUGAAGAAAACAAUGGACGAUGGUAAGCUUGUGAGUGACAGCUUGAUGGUGGAUAUUAUAGAUCAUGCCCUGGAUCAGCCGGAAUGUGCUCAAGGCUAUAUUCUAGACGGGUUUCCGCGGACCCUGCCGCAAGCAGAGGCACUAGAAACAAUGACGUACAAGAAGGGAAGGCCAAUCGACACAGUUGUGGAAAUGGCAGUCGAUGAAGACUUGCUCAUGGAGAGAAUCACCGGGCGUCUGAUCCACAAGCCGAGUGGCCGAUCGUAUCACGUCAAGUUUAACCCUCCGAAAAUACCGAACACUGACGACGUGACUGGUGAACCAUUGAUACAACGAAGUGACGACAACGCCGCAACACUGGCCACGCGUUUGGACGCGUAUCGGAAAAUGACGGCACCACUGUCCGCGUUUUACCGGCAGCGUGGCAUCCUGAGGAAGGUGAAUGCAUCUGUGCACCGCGACCAGGUCUUCAAGGGAAUAGCGGAUGCUUUCCAGAUGGGCCUGGACCGCCGAAUGGCGUAGAAACUGUACGUUGUGUGUACACUAGCUUACUGUCAUCUUACCGUUACAAGUAGUCCGAUAUAGUUCACAGCAUUUGUCGAAAUAAUCAUGAUGUCAUACUAUUAUGCAGAAUCCUGAUUGAGAAAUGCAUGGGUGCACUCCUUCUUGUACGCUUCCACAUGUACUAGUACUGGCUUUGGUAAGGGUUCAGUGUGUCCUGUAUAAUUCCCGACCCUUUCUGGCUGCUAUGUGUACUAGUGUAAUCAUACUGAGUAGCAACCAGGCACCACAUGGUGUCCUAUUAUUAUGCUGGUGUGCUGCCUGGCGCCCGCACUGUUAUUAUAUUUUAUUUUUAAUUAAACAUUUUCACUUUGUUGAUGGUACUGAUGGUACUGAUCAUGGA